AUGAAUGAUCUUAAUUUCGUCGAUGCUACCUCUACUACAGACUAUUAUACUCUAAUCGUUGGUGGAACUUCUUUCAAGUUGUCUCCUACACUUUUAAGUUCCGAUGAACCAAAUUAUUUCACCUACAUGUUCUCGAAUAUGGAAUCAAAGACUCUGUAUAUUGACAGAGAUCCCGAAAUCUUUAAAGACAUAGUCAAAUAUUUACAAGGAUACUGUGUCACUCCACGAGAUGAGAUUCAUUUUGCAGAUUUACUCGUUGACGCUAUGUACUAUAACUUAACCAAGCUGAUAACACACUUGCGUAGCGUCUGCAUUGUUAAUGUCGGUGGCAAGAUCUUUCGCCUAGAAAGGGAGAUGCUUGAAAAACGCGAUGCACCGAAUUUUUUUACGUCUAUGGGCUUUGGGCACGGAUGGGAGCCGCCAUGGGGAAGUUCGUUCAUUCCGUUGGUUUCAUUGGUUCCGGCCAUGCCGCCACCCACGCUUGAUCGCGAUCCCGAUACCUUCUCAGACAUUGUUCGUUAUCUUCGAGGAUAUGAAAUCAAUGUUAAAGAUGAAGCGCACCGUCAAAAUCUGCUCAACGAUGCACGGUUUUAUCGCCUGAAGGGGCUUAGGGAAAAGCUACUCGCAUCGAGCAUAACAGUAAACGGUUUUGCAAACGGCAAACAUAACCAAAAUGAAGUUCUCUUCCGAUUAAAGGAUGUUCGACCGGCUAAUGUUAUAUUGUCAGAUGGUGAUAAUAACCUUCCCGCUUCUUUGACUCCGAUUAAGUACAAGAGUAGAGAAGGGACUAUAUAUGUCUUACUUGUAGAGGCUUAUAAUUUUAAUUUAAUCUGUGAAUACGGUCCGGUAACGCCGCCGGGACCAGGACAGAAAAGUUUCAUACAGCCGACCCUUGGUCUGGUGUUUAAUGAAAAGUAUAUACAAAAGCUUAAAGCCAUUGCGAAGGCAUUGAAGCUAUCUGAGACUAUUAACUUCGCAGCUCAGUCUUCCGAAUCAUGCGCUUUUGAAAUUGAUGGUAGCAAAACGACAUUAGAAGCGCUUUCGAACUUUGAACGACUAGGUCCUUUAGUAAAAUCAAACGAGUUCGGUAAUCGAUAUUUACAACUUUAUGUGUCAAGAAGUAUCCUUCGAUUAUUUUCCAAGCAAGGUCAAAUUGAGCUGCAUCUUGUUAAAUGUGAAGCGUUCAGUUCAGAGAGAGGAUUUAACGUCAAACGGGAAUUUUUAUCUACUGAUACCGGAAUGGCUUUAUAA